AUGGAGAGCCAAGGCGAAACUAAGGUUUUGGAGGUGAACCAAGAUGCGGUGAUGACUGACAUCAGAGAGAGGACGAAGCCGCCAGAGAAACCGCCCGAUCCCCGGACCUCGUGGGCUAUGAAAGUAAGGGAAACGAACGCAGGGGGUAUGCUUAUGCCGGAGAGUUUGUUAGAUGAAUCGUUUGUUGCGGCACGGUUGAAUGUGGAGUUCCCGGAGGGGGAGGAUGGAGAACCAGUGAUAACAAUUGAUGAGGAGGUCAUAGAGGCGAUGAAUGGUAUGUGGAAGAGGUGUAUGAUCGUGAAGGUUUUAGGGCGAAACAUUGCACUACCAGUCUUGACUCGGAAGCUAAAGGAGUUGUAG